AUGAUAGCAAACAAAAACUAGAUAAAGCCAAUGCAAAGAUAUGAAAUGAAUAAAAACUAUCUUCAACAUUUAGAGAGAAUGAAUAAAAUUAAGUAGCGAAAAAACGAAACAUUAUCAAAUGUAUCUUACUCUGGGCACCCAAAUGAAGUCCAUAAAAGGAAUAGAGAAAUCGAGAGAUUAAAUAACAUCUAAUUGCAGAAUCAAAAUAUUCUAUCUAGGCUGAUAAAAAUAACAGUAGGAGGAGCAUCUUUUGACCACCAUAAAAAUCGUUAAUCUUAAAAAGCCUCUUCUUCAAUAGAAAGAAAAUCAAAUGAUAUUAAUAGGCUUGAGUUAGACUAUAAUAAUUAGAAUUAGAACUCUAUCAAUAGUUAUCAAAAAUAUUUAAUUUCUUCUCAUCAAAAUACCUAGCAAUAAUAGAAUAGCUAUAGCAAAAAUGAUAUGCUUAAAGUUUCAAGUUGUCCAAAUACUCCUCGUUAAAACAAAAGACUUAAUAUAGAGACAGAGCACAAUUCUAAAGAAAUACAUUUACCAGCUAUAGCUUCUUCAGUUAGAAAUCAUGGAAACUAGAGAUAUGGAAGUGUAAAUCAGAAAAAUAAUCCUUAUAAAUUAGAUGAUUUAGUAAAAUAAAUAGAUUAAAGGAGUAGAAGAUAUAAUAACUAAAAUGAUGAUAGCUCUAAUUCAUCAACAACAUCUAUAAAGAAUUCUAAUAGACAAAAAGUUAAUAGUAGUUUAGAUACAUAUGGUGAUAGCUAAAGAAAUAAUAAAUUAAAGUAUCAUAUAAAGUUUAGUGAAAAUUAACCUUAAUAAACUUAAUUUAAAGAAAUUGACUAAAUGUCAUCAUCUUUAGAAAAUAAAAAUGCAAAGGAACCUUCAGAUCACAAUUAGAAAAAAAUUACAUAGAUUAAAAAAAAAUAGCCAUUAAUAAUUGAAGAAAUCGAUUGGAAAGAUGUUUAAAACUAAUAAAAUACUUUAAAUUAUUAAAAUUAAAGUUAAUUUGUUAAAACAAAAUCUAUUGAACUUGAUGAAGAAAAGGAUACAAUUUUUACAACAAAUGCAAAAAUCUUACUACCCUCUCAAUAAUCUCAAAAAAGUAUUUAUUAAAAUAAUAAUUGUUGA